AUGACGAUCUACAACAGCGCGCAGCUUUGGGCUUGUUUGACGACGACGACGAUCAUUCGUUUCGUUGCCGAACGAUCGCAGCGUAUCGUACAUCAUGGCAAAUUCAUACUGGAAUUGGCCCGCGCUCGGGAAGGCGAGAAAACCAGCUGGAUAUCGGUUCCGCGCAAAACGUUCUGGCCACCAACCGUUAGUUCGACGAACGCUAGCUUUCACAAGCAUGAAAGUUCGACGUCACUUAGUUUCUCGGAUGACAACAGCUCAGUCCAGUCUUCGCCAUGGCAGAGGGACCACUGCUGGAAGCAAACUAACCCGCGGUCGAACAUUUGCAAGGAAAUGUCUCUGUACUACUACCGGCCACCGAAUGUGCGUUUCAAGCUGUCUCGAGAAACGGUCAAGCGGUUGAGACUGAAACGGAGGCGACCUUACGAUACCACCAUAGCGUCGGUUUCGCCUCUCCACUAUGAGAUUAUUAGCCCUAGGGAAUUGUCUAUUGAAACUGUUGAAGAUACUCGGGAACACGAUGCAAUGGAUUUGAAAAUGAAUGGGAAAGCGGCCGAGGUGGAAACAUCCAAUGCAGAGGAUAGCAAUCGAGAUGAGAACGUACCAAAUGGUAGCCAUGUAAACGGAACGAAAGAUUUCACAAUUAAACGACGGAGGGGUCAGUUGAAGCGAAGGAAAGAGCUUAUUUCUAUUGUUCAACAACUGACGGUUCGAAUGGUGAACAGUGUGAAUUCUACUCCACGUGUUCAGCUGUCAGGCAUUCGAUCCGCUUUCAGUAAUUCAUCUGUUCAACAACAUGUGUCUCCUCGGAAAAGAAUUCUGAGAGAACUGGAAAAGGUCUCAUUGGAAGAUAGUAGCAGUACUAUGAAAAGAUCUCGUGGUAAGCCAGGAAGUAAUAACACGGUAGUGACUGCUACAACGGCCACGCCACUUGCUUCAGUCAAUAGCAAUGGAAACAUGACCAGCGGGAUUAAUAAUAGUAAUAGUAGCAACAGUAAUAAUGGCAAACUUAUAAACGGAUCGUCGACAACGGAACCGCAUUCAUCUGCAGUUCCGACGACACCAGUGUCACGCCCCAUAAGUAGCUAUAGUAUAACCUCGCUACUUGGACACAAUUCGUCCAACGAUAGUAGUAGUAAAUCUAAGCAGCAGGAAACUAAUUCCACAACUAGUCAUCAUCCGUACCAUCAUCAGCUUCCUUCUCAUUAUCAUCAGUAUCUUGGAAAGGACGUUAUAACCUCACCGAAAUCUCCCUCAGAUGCUCAUUAUAGGUAUUAUGGGAAAAAGAAAUCCCCGAGCUACGGGCCAAACGCUGGAACCGCAGCAUCUCCAAAUUCAGCUAGUGAGUACAAUACUACUGGUGGUUAUGGUGUUUCGCGUUCACCGGAUCUAAGCCCCAGUCCAGAACAUCAAAAUCACAGUUUUACGCGCUAUCGACAACAUCCGUACAGCAUUCAUCCAAUUGUUUCAUCUCCCAGCAGCUACUCGAAUGCAUCUCGGUGUUCUCCAUCGCCGAAUACGAACGAUUCUGCUAGUUCUCCAUACAGUAACAAUGCAAAGUAUCGAAGCACUUACCUUACUUCUAGUGUUUCUCCGCCAAGCUCUGCCAAUCCGGCCUCUACCGGGUCACCUCAACAUUACACACGUCAAUCUCCACUGAAUUUCGCACGCUCACCGCCACCAUCGCAUCAAUCCAGUUAUCCACAUUCCAGUAGCUAUCGAAAUAACGGAAAAGACCCAACAUUAUCUCCCAGAGCGUCUCCCAGCGUAGAACCGAUACGUGUGCCAGCUACAACGCCCACCUCAUCCAAUCUCAGCACACCUAGUAUCAGAACAGUUCCAAAGAAAACCGCCGCGUUGCGACAACAAUUUGGUUCUCCGUCGUCUUCACCAUCAAUUCCAACAGAUUCAGCGAAGCGAGAACGUUCUAAUUCCAACGCUUCUUCCGAAUCUUCGCGAACCGCACAUUUCAAGAAGGAGUUGGACUAUUCCGAACGAUCAGCUUCAACCGCUUCUUCUGUUGAUGUUGUUGAUGGACUACCGUGUUCUUCCAUUUCGCAAUCAAGUUCAGUAAUUCGUCCAAGUACCGUUAUCGCAUCUCCAACACCUCAUCAUCCAGUGCCCAAUCCGUUUUAUAUGUAUCCACCACAAAUAGCAGCCUCGUUGCUCGCUGCUCAACAACAAUCUGGCGCGGUUCCUUUCAUGCCAACUUCCCCCCUAACGUACUAUCAGCAUAUGUAUAAUCAGGCCGCGGUUGCUGCAGCAUAUCGUAGCCCACUAUGGAUGCACUACUCAGGUCUAUCACCUCAUGCGGCGGCUGUUGCUGCUGCUGCUGCUGCCGCUGCUGUUUCGCCUUCGGUGCCACCAACUUCUUUAGGAAUGAGUUCAGCUGCCCCCGUCGAGAGUAACCACCGGGAUGUACACCAUCCAGGCGCUAUCACAGUGCCAGCCGGAAGCACUACAAGUGCCAUUACUGUCGUUAGUAGCGCCUCGCCUGUACCAGCAUCGUCUGCGCUGAACUACAGUGCUGCGGCUUUGAGUGCUACUAGCCAUCAUCAGCUUGGACAUCAUCCUGGAUCACUUUGGGGCGUAGUGUCGCCCUCGUCUUCGCAUGAAUCCAAGGCUAGACAAUCGGCGGUAUCGGGCGGAUCGGCUACUGGUACCGAGAGGGACGAUCCAACUAUAGAUGUCCCUUUGAACUUGUCCAAGCACUAAUGGCAGAUCAGGUGCACGCGCCCACACUAUAAUAUACAAUGCAGAAAACAGGAGGUGGCUUAAGGUAAUCCAAAUCGUCGUUAAACGUACCAGUAAUGUUAUGAACAGAGAUGAGCCUCAACACAGCGAAAUUGACGUUCGUUUGAAGUACUACGCCUAGCGUAACUGAACUUUUACCCGACGUCAUUGUCUUAUAUCGGUGUAAUUGUGAUUUCUUUAACUGAUUGAAUCACGUAUUUCAUAAGAAGAAAAAAAAUCUUAACGAAAAAAUACAUCGUUGGUGUUUGAAAUAUUGCAAACAAUGAAGGCGGAUUCUAUCCGUAUGCUUUUUAGUGUUGGUAUAUGAUCACGCAGAUAUGUAUAAUGAUUUUAAAUAGAAUAUAUAAUGAAGGUAAAGGUAGUGGGAGGGUUCAGCCUACAACAGAAAACAAAAACCUAAGGUUUUAUCUAUUUUCCGGAGAAAUAUAAAAAAAACUAUUUUUGCUAAAAUGUAAUAAAUUAUAAAAGGAUGAAAUUAUAUAUAUGUAACAUAUACACACAUCUACAUAUACAUAUGCAGAAAAAGUAUAUAUAUAUAUACCUAUAUACAAUAAGAAAUAAAGAAAAAUUUUACAGAGAGAUAUUUUGUGAAUCGAAAGUAAUGCAGUACAUUUUAGUACUGAAUAUUCCAUGUUUUUCUAAAAUGGUCUGGUAGACUUUUAAGAGAAGCGAAUUAUUCCAUUCCUACCGACACAAUUCUCAAACAUAGAGCUUCGAUGCAUCUAGAGAAAUUUAAGCCAUUUGUAAGUGCUUACCUUCGAUAGCCUCUUUUUUAACCGAGAGAAAACCUGUGUAUGUUCCUUCUGAAUCUGAAUUCCUAGCCAACAUCAUGGAUAUAACUGCAAAUACUACCCUUUUCAAUUCUAUACGUCGGUGUGUAGUAAUCCGUAUUCACAACUUAUAAUUAACCGUCUUGUAAUAAAUUCUACUUUGUCCUUUGCAAUUCUAUACUUGUAACAGAUACGUACAAGAAUCUCAUCCUUUCACUGGUAUAUUUUGUGUCGCAUAAUGUGUAUAACAUAGACUGAUGCUUUUAUAGUUUUAACUUGAGAGAUGUUAUUUAAACAUAUAUCAACAUCAUUUUACUCUUUGCCUAGUUUCUCAAAACGUAGGGCCCUAUUACAUAAAACGAGUCGAGUAACUCCAGUCACUGUCGAGUAGAGCUAAAUGUCGUAUUACGGUAGUCGAGUGAAAUUGAUCGAAUUAAUUUGAGUGCUCAAAUGGCGGCUAUCAUGUUGAAAUUUUUCGCAGUCGACUCAGUCGAGCUACCUGACUGAAGUUUGACUCGACUACUGUAAUACCAAAAUGGCUCACUCGAGUAAAAUGACUCGUGACUCGUCUUAUGUAAUAGGGCCUAUAUUCGAGAAUAAAACUUAUUGAGAAUUUGAUAGUUUAACACCCUGUGAAGGCGACGUAAAACUAUCAAAUUUUCGUUCCAAUAGAGUCAAGCUUUCCAGGUAUUGAAGAAUAUACAUAUACAAAAGAUUUAUCAAAAGACAGAAAAAAACAGAAGCCAAUCAAAUCAUAACACUACAAACACAUAAUAUUUUAUUGAACAAAAUGAAACAAGACAUUAAUAUAAAACGUAUCAAUAUUUUGAUAGUUUUAUAUAAAACAAACCGAUUUUCGGCAAAUUUUGGGAAAACAUAAUUUUAGUAAACUUACCGUACAAGAUCAGAUUCCGUUUUAUAUUCUAUUGAAAAUGAACGAAUAGUCAGUCAACAAACAAAAACAAAAACGAUUGUGCCUUUGAAACGUCAACCAAAAAUACAAACAAAAUUUAAACUAGAAUUGACAUAAAAAGCUAUACACAAUUCCUCAAAAUACACAAAAUAUAGAAACAAAACCAAGCGAAACAAACAUGUAACGAGAAAAACACGUUGGUCAUAUUUUCGAGAAAUAGCCGGUUUACAUACAUCAUAUUAUAUAUUCAAGUGCGAAACAAACUUGCACAUUCUUAUGACGAAGGAUCGCGAAACUAGCUACAGUCCAGCAAACGAUAAUUCACAUUACAAAACUAUAACAAAAGUUCAAUAACAAAAAAAAAUGACAUGCACACAAUACUUAGCCGAACAAUGCAAACGGAAAUACAGCAAACGAAAAUCAAGAGAGGUAUGUAACUCUUUUCUAUCGCUUUGUUCGGAACAUGUGUACAGUGAACCUCCAGUUAAGUGUACUGUUUUUUCCAAAUUUUUUAAUCGAAUAUUCGUGUACCUCCGACGAUACUUUUUUAUAUCGUGUAUUUCUUAAGGGCAUCGUCAUUGGACACAUAAUAUUCAACUACCUAAUAUUGGACUCUAUGCAAUAAAACUAAUAAAACAUUUACAUGAAUGUCGUUAAACAAGCUUAUUGAUGCCUAUAUUGAUACAUUCCAAUCAGUUCAUAAACAUAGGCACUAAUGACCUUGUCGAGCCUUAAUUGAACAUGUUCUCAACCGAAGAUCUUUUAGUUUAAAAUUCUAUAACUAUGCAGAUAUUUUCUUGACUGUUAAAUCUAUCU